AUGGACAAUGCGAGCAUCAAUGAUGUGCUUGCACGAACACUUGGGCCAAUCCUCAUGGAAUGCUAUGGUAUUCCAUUCAAUGCAACCAAUGGUCAAAUCUGGUGCCUUGCACACAUCGUCAAUCUGGUUGUUCAGAAGAUCUUGAGUGCUCUCGGUGAAGCCAAGGAUCCAGACGAAGAUGAUUAUUACCUGCUGUACAAGUUCCUCUCAUUCCAUUACAGGCCUGAUGUGGAUGAAGACCUUAAAAAGCUUGAAAAGGAAGAGACAGUGAAGGCUGAUGAUAUGGCUGCUGCAGAGAAUUUGGUAGAGGGUCAGAUAGAUGAACCAGUUGAAGGCGAGCUCAUGGCUGUACAGAAGCUGUGCAUAUUUCUUGCCAAGGAGCACUAUAGCAGUCAAUAUGCUCAAGAUGGUGGAAGGGAACUGAAACAUGUGUUACUGUUGAAGAAGGCAAUUAAUGGCUGGGUAGCAGCACGAGAAAAGCUAGAAGCUCUGACACUGACACCGUCAGAUUGGAACCUGUUACAGCAGCUAUGUGAAAUCAUUGGGGCAUUCACAGUUGUCACUCGACAUAUGUUCCUUGCGGACACGCCAACGUUGCCAUGGGUGUUGCCAAUGUACCACCACAUGCAAGGAACACUAGAGCGGGCCAUUGAAAUGACAACGCUACCAUCCCUUAAGCAUGCCACUACUGCAGGCUUGUCUAAGCUCAACAUAUACUAUGUGAAGGUGCUCGACUGCCAACACAAUGUUGUUGCAACUGGUGAGUUUGUUAACUUUCCCGGCCAGCCCGCUGCGUGGCCAGAAAUUCAGGAGUCACCCACUCUCUAG